CGUUCAAAAAAUUGACAUGAGUCUAUAGGUACCCUAACGUUAUUAUGGCAAAUUCACAAAUAUAUUUGCUUUUUGUAUUUUACUUCAACUGGGUCUUUAGCGAAGAUCUUUUGGAGAGUCCUCUGUUUGAACAAAGACCCGGUUCCAAAUCUUUGGAGGAAAUACGAAACGACUUAAAACUUCUAAGUCAAAAAGAACCGAAUAACGAGGGUGUUAAAAAUUGUGAUACAGUUAAAGAUAAAAACGGGCAUUCGAAUCUCGCCUAUAUUAGAAAUGUUUUGUCGAAAUUUCUCAGCACCUUGCAGAAAUCGAAUAAAAGGAGGAAAAAGUCUGCGAAUGCUAAACAAAAACAAGAACCAAAACAUAAUGGAAAAAAAGACAAUAAAGAAACAAAUUGGCACAAAUGGACUGAAUGGUCACCUUGCAGUGUAACUUGUGGCAAAGGCCGCCUAAUUCGUUGGAGACAUUGCAGGUCAAACUGCAAAGAAGCUGAAACUGAAAUGGAAGAAAUGUCCUGCCAGUUACCCGAGUGUCCCAGGUCACUAUUCGGUGUGAUAAAACUAAAUAAGUGAAAUAUUACUUAAUUAUACAUCCUAUUCUAUUUAAAUAAAACUAUAAAAGGUC